GGGGCAGGUGAUAAGACAUGCCUCUGUCAGUUCUAUUUAAGGGGCUGCUCAAACCUUCGGAGAGGGGGGCACCCUUGGGUAUCUCGAGUGUAAUGCCACUCUCAAACGGGGACCAUGGCGAUCAUUGGAGUCAAAGAAGAGCACGCGGAUCCGCGCCUGACGCGCAUCGCGCAGGCGGACACGAAGCCAUGGUACAAGAAACCCAACCUGCGCUUUCUGUAUCUCAUCCUCGUCCCGACCUGCCUCGGCGUGGAAUGGACAUCGGGUUUCGACUCGUCCAUGAUGAACAGUCUACAGGCCGUAAAAUCAUGGGUUGACUACUUCGACAAUCCCACUGCAGGCCGCCUCGGGCUUCUCAACGCCAUGUACUCGCUUGGCGCGCUCAUGGCGAUCCCCUUCAUCCCCACGGCCAGCCAGUACCUCGGCCGGCGCUGGACCAUCCUCUCGGCCUCGCUCGUCAUGUGCUUCGGCGCCGGCCUGCAGGCGGGCGCGCGCAACUCGGACAUGUUCCUCGCCUCGCGCUGGGUGCUCGGCUUCGGCAUUCCCUUCGCCAUCGUCAACGCGUCGGCCCUGAUCGGCGAGCUCUCGUACGCCAACGAGCGCCCCAUCAUGACGUCGCUGUUCAACGCCUCCUGGUUCAUUGGCGCCAUCGUCGCCGCCGGCACCACCUACGGCACCUUCCAGAUGUCGUCGACCUGGGCGUGGCGCCUGCCGAGCCUGCUGCAGCUCGUCCCGAGCUUCUUCCAGAUGGCGUUCAUGUACUGGUGCCCUGAAUCGCCGCGCUGGCUGAUUUCGCGCGACAGGGGCGACGAGGCGUUUGCGAUUUUGCAGAAGUACCACAGCGAGGGGCAGGACGGGGACGAGUUUGUGCGGCUCGAGUAUGCGCAGAUCCAGUCGACUAUUGCGCAGGAGAAGGAGUUGGCCAAGGCGUUCGUGUGGGCCGACGUUGUCCGCGAUCCGCCUAUGCGUCGGAGAUUCCUGCUUGCGGCCAUCAUCGGCUUCUUCACGCAGUGGAGCGGAAACGGGCUGCUUAGCUUCUAUAUGAAGAAGAUCCUGGCGUUGGUAAACAUCACCGACAACAGGACGGUGCAGAAGGUCAUUCUGAGCAAUACCUGUUGGGGCCUGAUCAACGCCAUGCCGAUCGCGCUCAUUGCGCCUCGGUUUCCCCGGCGGAAGAUGUUCCUGACUUGUACGAUCGGCACCGCGGUGGUCUACACCGUCUGGACGAUCGCAAGCGCGAGGUCGGCGAUUGAGAACUCAACGAGAGCGGCGAUUCCGGUGUUGGUGUUUAUUUUCGUGUACUCACCGUUCUACAACAUCGGCUGGAACGCGCUGGCCUACACUUACCUGGUCGAGCUCUUCCCGUACCAGCAACGCUCCAAGGGCAUCGCAGUCGAGCAGCUCACGGUGCGCUUCGCCGUCUUCUUCAACACAUACGUCAAUCCCAUUGCGCUGGACUCCAUCGGGUGGAAGUACUACAUUGUCUAUUGCGUCUGGAUUCUGGUCGAGAUUGCCACAGUGUAUUGCCUGUUCCCUGAGACGUACAAUCGCACGCUUGAAGAGCUCAGUUUCAUGUUUGAGGGCAAGGAGGUCCAGGACAAGGUCCAGCAGAACAUGGAGAAGGUGCUUCAGGUCGAGCUGGAGACUAUCCAGCGGCGGGCAUCGAAGGACGGCGUGGCUACUAUGGAGCAACGGGCCUAAUGGUGCGGACGAGUUGGGUAUCGGACUUCGAUCAUUUCUCCAAAUGAGCUCUACGAGUUCUCUCGGCUUAUCACAAAACUGGCCGGAAUGGCAAAGGAACACAAUGGAUUAUGAAAGUUCAAUCUCAUUCACUGCUUUG